ACCAUGGAUAACAGCAGCUAGUGUCAGAGUCCAGUCCAGUUCCAGAUUGGGGUCUCUUGAGUCAGUCAGACACUCAAAGAAAGGAUUGUUUCUGUUCCAGUGCUUGUGUUUUUUCCCAUCUCUCUUUCUGACUUUUUUUCAAUGGCUUCUGUGGAAUCAAACCCCAAACCUUUCUCUCUAGGGCCCUACCAAGUUUCUGAAGACUGUGGCUUUCUCCUCAAGGAGCCUCUGCAAGAACUUCCACCUCAUUACCAACCAUGGAUGGAUAUUGCCCGUCACAUCCCAGAGCUUGUGCAAAGCCAUGAGCUCCGCUCUGAGAUCUACAAGAUGCCGAUGCUCAGCAGCGAAUUUCUUCAGAAUGAAAAAGAGUUACGGCUGGCACACCUGGUCCUUAGCAUGAUGACCAUGGGUUAUGUUUGGCAGGAAGGAGAGAAAGACACGGUUGAGACACUGCCAUGCAACCUGGCUGUUCCACUUUGGAAUGUGUCACAAAGCUUAGGACUUCCCCCAAUUCUCACUCAUGCAGAUGGGGUACUGGCAAACUGGAUGAAGAAAGAUCCAGAGGGGCCUUUCAGCAUGGAGAACUUGGAGUUGCUGAUCAACCUGCCAGGGGGAGACAGUGUCAGAGGUUUUUUCUUGGUCACUCUGCUGGUGGAAGUGGCAGCAGUUCCUGCAAUCAAGAACAUUCCUGUUGUCAUUAAUGGUGUCAGGUGUGGUGACACCAAUGCUGUGGUCCAAGCCUUGGAGAACAUCAGCCAGUCUAUACAGGAUAUGACUGAUGCACUGAAACUGAUGCAUGUGUAUGUUGAUCCUUCAGUCUUCUAUGGCAUCAUGAGGAUUUUCCUGUCUGGGUGGAAAGACAAUCCUUCCAUGCCAAAGGGGUUAAUAUAUGAAGGGGUUCAGAAAGAGCCAAUGGAAUAUUCUGGAGGAAGUGCAGCACAAAGCAGUCUGCUGCACUGCUUUGAUGAGCUUCUUGGCAUCAAACAUGAAGAAAGUAGCAGUUCCUUUCUAAACCGUAUGAGGGACUACAUGCCGCCUGCACAUAAGCAACUGAUUCAGGACAUCUCUUAUCAACCUUCCUUGAAGAGUUUUGUCCAGCAGCAGAACUGUGGGCACCUAAAGCAGACCUAUCACCUCUGUGUUUCAAAGCUGUUGGCUUUACGCAACUACCACAUCACUGUUGUGAGCCGAUUCAUCACAGUACCUGCUGCCCGCACUCGGCAACUACGAAAGCAGAGCCAAGACCUGGAAGAUGAAACGGUCACCAGAGCCCCCAUCGCCCUGGAGGAGAGGGGAACCGGUGGCUCCGGCAUCAUGAACUUCCUAAAAACAGUGAGGGACCAAACUAAAGAUGCCUUUAUCCCCGAGACAAGUUGAGAUUAAAACUGCAAAACAGAGAGGAACUGGAAUCACAAAGAGCAAUAAGUCAUUUAAAAGUGGCAACAAAUUAAAUCUGAUAUCUUUUAUUAUUAACAACAUGGAAAGUUACUUGUCCUCUUGGGAAUUUAAACAAAUAUUUUGUCGUCAUUCCUCCAAAUCCAAGCCAAACCAUCUCUAUUGUCUUCCACUGGACUCAAUUUCUUAUUUAAUGUAAAAUAAAAUAAACAAAAAUGUGUCAGGCC